AUGGCCGACUACAACACAAUCAACACACAGGCCGUUUUCGGCCUCGUAGACUUUCUCAAGUCCGCCGCCGAGCGUGAGGAUCCGAGACUCAAGACGUAUUGGGACAUCAUCAUCGAUAUACAGGAUGAUGUCUUUCGCCCAAACACGAAGACAAUUCGGCCCUUCCAAGAAUUUAAGAUCCCGCACGAGUUCCAAGAGUUCGGCAGAAAUGCCUACGACUGGCUGGUUUUCCACGUCAGAUGUCGCACCACGGAAACUGCCCUAGGGGCGAUCGGACACACCAGGCCCGGCUUGAAGCAGGCCCUAAUGGUUGGUCUAGCAGGACACGAGAAGAGCGACAAUAGGAGGACUAGAAGGGAGAACCCCCCAAACAACCAAGUCCUUCCUGGCCAUUCCAAAUCUAUGGCUGAAUUCUAUGCCACCGAGGGCGCCUUUAAGUCGCUUCACCACCAGACGCCCGAAGCGGGAACAAUCAAUGAUAUUCCGCAGACUCGCAAAGAACAGAUCCCAUUUGUCCCUCAAAUGGCAGAGGCAUUGGAGGAUGUCACCGACUAUGUGGAUAACGAGGACAGCUAUCAGGUCCAGACGGUCAAGCGGACAUCAAGGGCGGUGUUUGAGCACAUAGCAUGGAGGUUGCUGAACACGGGAAUCUUGAUGCAGGAGGGUGAACCCGCCGUUCUUCCAUGGUCAACCAGUUUCUACAGACGGGACUAUCCCACCUUCCGAGCCCGAUGGAACGAUAUGGUCCUGUUUCUACGCAAAUCAAAAGCCGCAGUAGCCAACCUGCUCAUUUCUCCGUAUUGGAACAGGUUUGCCGGUGAUCCUGACAAGGAACUCAAGGUGGUAGCAGACAGCAGCAAGGUGAUCGAAGCCGAAGGUGUCAAAAGCCUCGAGCAUGAGUUGCUUGACGUGGAAGGGAACAAAGCCAAGCCCCAAAAUACAUCGCGCCAGGCAGAGAGCACGCCUCGGCAAAGUUCAAUCCUUCGUCGAAGAGAACGGAGACAAAGGCGUUUGGCCGGGGCAUGGAGAAGUCGACCUGCGAGACAGAGGGCACCGCAAGAAAAUGAUGCAGCUGAAGCGUAUAUUCCUCAGCCAGAGCCCAGCCCCCGGCAAGUGAUCGUUCCUCCACAAGCCCAGCGAACCCACAACCCCGAGGUCUCCUACUUGACAUCGCAACAAGAGCGCCACACCGAAAUGGAAGGCGGAAUAAGAAAUGCGGCGUGUUCGGAAGCGGAGGAGUGGGAUCAUGAUGAAAGCAUCUUUGCGCCUAACCAAAUGGGGGUUAUUUGGAACAGCCAGCAGCAGGUGCCUGACGUCAAUGUCAAUGUUGAUAACGCCAGUCUCAACGGGGGCAUUUCCGGAGACGACCGUAUGGGAGACAACGAUUGGGGACAAGGGGCCCUCAGUCUGAGCCAUCUGGUCGACCCAUUCAACUGGAAUAAGGACUUGGCGACUCAAGCCUUUAUCAGCCCAAUGGCGUUGUACCCGGUUGAAAACGGUGAAUUCGCGGACGAUUUGGUGGACAAUGCCCACGAGACCUUGGGCAACAACAUGCCUAUCAACCCGGCCCUGUCAGACAGCAAUGCGUCUAGCUCAAACGUUGCUAGUCUUGACCCAGUUCCCGGCGAAACCGCGAACCAUAGCGACAAGACCAACAACAGUGAUGGCGCGUACGCGUACGAUAUGAAUAUUUUUCCGGAGGAUCUAGACAGUCGUAUCGAGGAUGGUAUUCUUCAGGCCCCCGACUCAGGAGAUCAACUCGAGAUGUUUGACAUGGACGCUUUCAUCAUGGGCCCUCAUCAACCCAGGGGCAUGUUAGGUGAAGACGACCCCAGUUUCACAGCGGCCGGUUCUGUUGACUAUCAACACGAGGUUGAAGAUCUCAACGACGAGUUAUCUGGAGACAGGUUCAUCGGCUAUCCUGUCGCUGGAACCAGUGAUUCCAAGCGCAAGAGGGAUGAGACCGACGAAGAAGGUAGCAUGAGCGAGUGCUCGCCAUCCAAGCGGUUGCGCUAA